CCCGCCCCUGCCGCCGCCGCCGGGCGAUGCGAAGCUGCUUCUGCGUGAGACGGAGCCGGGACCCGCCGCUGCCACCGCCGCAAGCGCCGCCGCCUCCGCGGGGAACAGAGCAGUCCACCAUGCCCGAAGUCAAGGACCUUUCGGAAGCCUUGCCAGAGACAACCAUGGAUCCUAUCACUGGAGUGGGGGUGGUGGCAUCGAGGAACCGGGCCCCCACAGGCUACGAUGUCGUGGCACAGACGGCAGAUGGUGUGGACGCUGACCUCUGGAAAGACGGCUUGUUUAAAUCCAAGGUCACCAGAUACCUGUGUUUCACACGAGCAUUUUCAAAAGAAAACAGUCAUUUAGGGAACGUGUUAGUGGACAUGAAGCUCAUUGACAUCAAGGACACACUGCCUGUGGGCUUCAUCCCCAUUCAGGAGACAGUGGACACACAGGAAGUGGCUUUCAGGAAGAAGAGAUUGUGUAUUAAAUUUAUCCCACGGGACUCAACAGAAGCUGCCAUUUGUGACAUUCGAAUCAUGGGCCGGACCAAACAGGCCCCUCCUCAAUACACAUUCAUCGGGGAGCUGAACAGCAUGGGUAUCUGGUACCGGAUGGGCCGCGUGCCACGGAACCCCGACUCGUCUCAGCCCACGACACCAUCCCCAUCUGCAGCUGCCUCCACACCUGCACCCAACCUCCCCAGGCACAUCUCUCUCACGCUCCCCGCCACCUUCCGAGGUCGGAACAGCACUCGGGCAGACUACGAGUACCAGCACUCCAACCUCUAUGCCAUCUCAGCGAUGGAUGGUGUGCCUUUCAUGAUCUCAGACAAGUUCUCCUGUGUUCCCGAAGGUAUGCAACCCUUCGACCUCUUGGGAAUCACCAUAAAAUCUCUGGCGGAGAUCGAGAAGGAGUAUGAGUACAGUUUCCGCACGGAGCAGAGCGCCGCUGCCCGCCUCCCACCCAGCCCCACACGCUGUCAACAGACGCCCCAAUCCUGAGCCCAGGAACACGCCACCCCACUGAGCGCCCGCCAGCCUGGGGGUCCUCGUCUGACAAGGCCCCGGCAUCCCGCCUCCCCGGAAUCUUCGUAACUGCAACUAAUCCGUGUGUGUCAUAGUGACCAGCAGCUCCCAGCGUGUCUGUCCCAACACCCCACCCGCCAGGGGUCCACUCACCCCAACUCAUGGUUUCCUCCCAGAGGCCCAGGAGGCUCCUCUGGGGUCCCUAGCACUGACCUCGCCGGACCACGGGAGCAGCUGUGCCAAGACUCUCGGGGCUCACACACUGGACACCCUCACCGCCAGCGCCCAGGACUCGCCUUCCAGGAGGGGGCCUGCGGGGGGCCAUCGCCCCAGGUGCUUACGUCUCCCCUCCCCGAAAAGGACUGUGACCCGUGUGCCCAUGUGCCAAUAGCAGCUGUGACUGCCCGAAGGAGUCCCACUUCGGCCCCCACUAGUCUGCCCUUACUCCUGCCCCACUGAGGGUAUCAGAGCCUCACAGGAAGCCCCCGCAGACCCAGCCUGUGAGUUUUGACAAGGGGGCUGAUACUUGGGGGGACCUGGAUCUCUCCACAGCCACCUCAGUGGCUCUUGGGAUCUCUCCGGAUUGGGGUCCCCCAGAUGGAAAGGACAUAGGUGGGCUGUAGGGAGUGGUGAGGUCAGGAGACGCUCCCCUCGGUGGUCCCCCAGGCAGCCCCAUGAGGGGAUACUUGCAGCUGUGCACCCCAAACAUCACCCACUUCCUGACUUCACGCUAGAUGAAGUGGACCGAAGUGUCAGGAGUUGGGAGGCUUCGUGGAGCAGAGGGGAUCAUCCCUAGAGGCUUUCAGGGGGGCUGCACUCAGCCAGGAGUAAG